ACCGCCAGGGAGCUUCCCAGUGGCCCCCGCAAUGUCAGGCCACGGCUGGCCCAGGGGGGUGACACAGGUGGGGGACGCGGGUCCCCUGUCCCAGGGCACCUCUGAGCCCGUAGUGCCACCGGCCGCACCGAGCGCGGCAGGAGGAGGAGCGCCGUACCGAGGUCACCGGCUCACUCCGGCGGACGAUGAGAUGUACCAGCGGACGCGGGUGAUGGUGCUGGAGCCGGAGUCCCCCAACAUCAUGUUCAUCGAGGGCUACAGCACCCGCGGCUUCACCAUCAGCGGAGACCUGGUGGUGGGGCCCUGCGCCGUUCUGCCCCGCAGCAUCCUCCAGUGGAACGUUGGCUCCCACCGGGACAUCUCGCUCGAGAGUCUGUCGCUGUUCCGGCUGCUGGAGCCCCAGAUAGAGAUCCUGGUGCUGGGCACGGGGGACAGGGUGGAGCGGCUGCACCCUGCCAUGAUGAAGCAGAUGCGAGAGCGCGGGAUUGCUGUGGAGGUGCAGGACACGGCGAAUGCAUGUGCAACCUUCAACUUCCUGAUGAAUGAAGGGCGCGUGGUGGCUGCUGGGCUCAUCCCCCCGCGGGGCACCUGAGCCGUGUGGGCACUGCCUGCCGUGCCCAGGGGCUGAGUGGUUCCUCCCCUGCCCGCCUGAAGCCCCCGAGGGUCACUGCUCCAUGGUGAACUGUGGAGCUGUUGCCUCAGUGAUGGCUCUGCACAUAGGAGAGAUGUAAAAUACAUGGGCUUACCUCCUC